GCCGGGUGCCACCAAUUGAUCCAGCGCUCUGAGACCACCUGGUACCUGCGGGCUCCCAGGCAGCGCAGGCGGGGACCUAUUCUCUCUCACCUGUGGAUUGUCUGCCAGCGGGCCCAGAGACUCCUCUCCCAUUCCCUGAGAACCAACCAUGUCGAAUAUCUGUUCUGAGGAGAACAGGUUCCGCUAUCUCCUCUCAUGCUUCAGGCCCAGGAUGAAAAGGUACAUUCAGGUGGAGCCGGUCCUGGACUACAUCACCUUUCUGCCCACAGAAACCAAAGAGCAGAUUCUUAACAAGAUCACCACCUGUGGGAACACCAGCGCAGCGGAACUGCUGCUGAGCACCUUGGAGAAGGCAGAGUGGCAGCCCGGCUGGCCCCAGAUGUUUGUGGAGGCCCUGGAGCACAGUGGCAGCGCCCUAGCUGCGCGCUAUGUCAAACCCACACUCACUGAUCUGCCGUCUCCGUCCGCUGAGACCUUCCAUGAUGAGUGUCUCCACCUACUGACCCUCCUACAGCCCACUUUGGUGGACAAGCUUCUAAUUGAUGACGUGUUGGACCCUUGCGCGGAGAAGGGACUGUUGACACCUGAGGACAGAAAUCGGAUUUCUGCUGCAGGAAAUAGUGGAAAUGAAUCAGGUGUAAGAGAACUACUGAGAAGGAUCGUGCAGAAAGAAAAUUGGUUUUCUCCUUUUCUGGAUGUUCUUCACCAAACUGGAAAUGACGCACUAGUCCAAGAGCUCACAGGUGUUGGAUGCCCAGAAGACAAUGAAGAGUUGGAGAUUGCAUCUCACAACAAUGGGCCUGAAGCGAGUGGGUCCCUUCUGUCUGCUAUAGAAGAGACAAGUCUGGAGACAGAGGCCUGGACCACAGAGGAUACGUUACCAGAGGCCUCUUUUACAGACUCUUCUGUGACCAUGGAAUCAGACACAAGUUUGGCAGAAGGAAGUGUCAGCUGCUUAGAUGAAAGUCUUGGACAUAACAGCAACAUGGGCAGUGAUUCAGGCACCAUGGGAAGUGAUUCAGAUGAAAGGGUAGGGACACAAAGAACAUCCCCGGAGCCAGAACUGCAGCUCCGGCCUUAUCAAAUGGAAGUGGCGCAGCCAGCUCUGGACGGGAAGAACGUUAUCAUCUGCCUCCCCACGGGGAGCGGGAAAACCAGAGUGGCUGUCUACAUCACCAAAGAUCACUUGGACAAGAAGAAGCAGGCGUCUGAAUCCGGGAAGGUUAUCGUCCUUGUCAAUAAGGUGAUGUUAGCUGAACAACUUUUCCGCAAAGAAUUCAACCCAUUUUUAAAGAAAUGGUAUCGCAUUAUUGGAUUAAGCGGUGAUACCCAGCUGAAAAUAUCGUUUCCAGAAGUUGUCAAAUCUUAUGAUGUUAUUAUCAGCACAGCUCAGAUCCUCGAGAACUCCCUCUUAAACAGGGAGAGUGGAGAAGAUGACGGUGUGCAGCUAUCAGAUUUUUCCCUCGUUAUCAUCGAUGAGUGUCAUCACACCAACAAGGAGGCAGUCUAUAACAACAUCAUGAGACGGUAUCUGAAGCAGAAGUUGAAGAAUAAUACCCUCAAGAAGCAAAACAAGCCAGUAACCCAGCUGCCACAGAUACUAGGACUGACGGCUUCACCUGGUGUUGGAGGAGCCAAAAAGCAAUCUGAGGCUGAAAAGCAUAUUUUAAAUAUAUGUGCCAAUCUUGAUGCAUUCACUAUUAAAACAGUGAGGGAGAAUCUUGGUCAACUUAAACAGCAAAUAAAGGAUCCACGGAAGAAGUUUGUGAUUGCUGACGACACCAGAGAAAAUCCAUUUAAAGAGAAACUUCUAGAAAUUAUGGCAAGCAUUCAAACUUACUGCAAAAUGAGUCCAAUGUCAGAUUUUGGAACCCAGCAUUAUGAGCAAUGGGCCAUUCAAAUGGAAAAAAAAGCUGCUAAGGACGGUAACCGCAAAGACCGUGUCUGUGCAGAACAUUUGAGGAAAUACAAUGAAGCCCUACAAAUCAAUGACACGAUCCGCAUGAUCGACGCGUACAGCCACCUGGAAAGUUUCUACACUGAUGAGAAAGCAAAGAAGUUUGCUGUCCUGGAGGACAAUGAUGAGAGCGAAGAUGAUGCUAACAGUCACGAUGAUGAAGUUAAGGGCAAUGUAAAGACACCUUUGAAACUCGACGAAACGGAUGAAUUUCUCAUGGAUUUAUUCUUUGAUAACAGGAAAAUGUUGAAAAAAUUAGCUGAGAACCCAAAAUAUGAAAAUGAAAAACUCACUAAAUUGAGAAACACUAUAUUGGAACAAUUCACAAGGACUGAGGAGUCGUCUCGAGGAAUUAUUUUCACAAAAACACGGCAGAGCACCUAUGCACUUUCCCAGUGGAUCAUGGAAAAUGAAAAGUUUGCAGAAGUUGGCAUCAAAGCGCACCACCUGAUCGGAGCAGGACAUAGCAGUGAAGUCAAGCCCAUGACACAGAACGAACAAAAAGAAGUCAUUAGUAAAUUUCGCACUGGAGAAAUAAAUCUGCUUAUAGCUACUACAGUAGCAGAGGAAGGCCUGGACAUCAAAGAAUGCAAUAUCGUUAUCCGGUAUGGUCUCGUCACUAAUGAGAUAGCCAUGGUCCAGGCCCGUGGUCGAGCCAGAGCUGAUGAAAGCACCUAUGUCCUGGUUACCAGCAGUGGCUCAGGAGUUACUGAACGUGAGAUCGUUAAUGAUUUCCGAGAGAAGAUGAUGUAUACAGCUAUAAACCGUGUUCAAAACAUGAAACCAGAGGAGUAUUCACGUGAGAUUUUGAAAUUACAGGUACAAAGUCUCUUGGAAAAGAAAAUGAAAGUCAAAAGAAGUAUUGCAAAGCAGUACAACAACAAUCCAUCAUUAGUAACUCUUCUCUGCAAAAACUGUAGUAUCCUGGUCUGCUCAGGAGAGAACAUCCAUGUAAUUGAGAAGAUGCAUCACGUGAAUAUGACACCGGAAUUCAAGGAACUCUACAUUGUAAGAGAAAAUAAAGCACUGCAAAAGAAAUUUGCUGAUUAUCAAGCAAACGGAGAGAUUAUCUGCAAAUGUGGCCAAGCUUGGGGAACAAUGAUGGUACACAAAGGCUUAGAUUUGCCUUGUCUUAAAAUAAGGAAUUUUGUAGUGGAUUUCAAAAAUAACUCACCAAAGAAACAGUAUAAGAAGUGGAUGGAACUCCCUAUCAGAUUUCCUGAUCUAGAUUGCUCAGAAUACUGCUUGUAUAGUGAUGAAGACUAGCUCUUGAUUCAUGAUUAUUUUUAAAUGUUGCCAACUCAACAUUGAGUAUGAUUUUGAUGGU